AUGCCGGUGCGGGAUACCCAGCCUGACACUCGUCAAGGCUCUGAGAGCUCUGGUAAUAGUUGGAUAUCGCAGGAUACGGUGCGAAACCCUGGCCAGUCUCGAGAUGAAGUAAGCGCCUCUUCUGGGGGUCGCAAUGUCGACCCAUUUCCCGGUUCAUUAAGCGGGAACCCAAAACCGGAGGCCUCCAAACCCCCAAGAAUCGAUUGGGGAACUUCCGCAUGGUCAUGGGAUUCGCCCAGUGUUUCCCCCACUGAACAGCGCAAACCCUCCGGAUUCAGUAAUCACCGCGAAGCACUGAUUAUUCCAAAUAACCGAGAUAUCCCAUCCCAGUCCUCCGCUUCAAGCCCUCGACCUCCACCACUUCACACAACACGUGUAGGCUCCGACGAGAUUGAAUCGAUUGCCCCGUGGUCCACACCGCUGAGUAGUGGGCAGCCGGAUGGCGGUAGCACGUUUUAUCACGAUCAAUCCGAGCACGAAGCCUCACCCGCGUCAUUCACAUUCCGCCCUACGACGGGACGAACAAUAGCGAGUGAACCGGCUGAAUAUGAAUACCAUGGAGAACACCGGCGGCCAUCUGCUGCCAGCGCAACGACUGUUAGCAGCCAUGGUUCUAGCAUCAGUCAGAAGUUUCGAAAGAAGCAUUUAAAAGGCUUCCUUGGGGAUGACUAUAAUGCGUCAGGGGAGCAUCAAAAUGAUGAUGAUGGAUCUCAGAACCCCGGAAGCAGGCGUGGAGGGCCAGUUGACCAGCUGAAGGCGCGAGAGAGGGCGAACUCGGAUGGCUCACGCAACACUCCCGAUGGCUCUGGGGCAUCGCAACGAGCACACAGGCAGCGAGCGAACACCCCUUUGAACUCAAGUGAGAUCACUCCGUGGGACUACCAAAACAUCACCGACGUCGAACAGUUUGGUGAGGCACCGGUGCGACAUGCGCCCAUUGGCUCCAACGGGCAACGUCUUCAAAAUCCAGAAACUGGGGCGAUGGGAUCCCGGGAUCCCAGUCGACGAGGGCCUGGCAGACAUCGUCCUUCGCGAAGUAAAGAGGAAAAGUACACUCUCGCCGGCGAUCUGGCUGGUUAUCAAAAUCGACCGGCAACUGGUCGAGACGACGGCGGUCUGCGUCCUUUCAACGAUAAUUACCUCCAUUCAGGCACUGACAUGAGUGACUUCGCAGGGGCAGGAGGCCGAUCUUCUAGCCCCACACCAAGCACUCGCAGCGCAUAUCGCGAUCACGACCAAGGCUCGCAGCACCCUAGGAUAGGUCGCUUUGUCAAAAAGAUUCUUGGCCACGGGUCCAAAUCGCACGACCGAUCAAGACACUCUUCACCACCCCGGCGUGAUCGCCAAGGAAGUCUCGAAGGAAAUAACUCCUCCAGACACCUUGAGUCAGCAGACUCAGGGAGAAAGGAAACCGGGAAAGGUCUCAUUGGGGGCAGAAAACUUGGUCCUCGCCGUGCGUUCACUAAUCAAGGUGGCGACCUCCACAAUCCCAACAAGGAAGACAAAACUCCUGAAGAGAACAAGCAUCUAUUCCAGCUUGAUAUUAACAUGGACAAUAUUGAUGAUUUCGUUCGUCCCUCCUCCCAAGGUCAUGCGCAACGUAUUAGGGACGGGACUGUCACACCGGCCGACGAUUCCAAACUUGAGAAGCCAUGGAACGCUCCUGAAAGUUGGCAAGUGAAGCAACCCACCGAAUCCAAACUAUCAGAAGAGGACACGGCCCCCGUCGGACCACGAGAACAUGAGCCUUCAUUCUUUAUACGAAUCUUCCGGAUCGAUUCGACGUUUGCUACGCUGUCGGCUGGUGUGAAUGCGACGGUGUCCGAAAUUCUGCACAUGCUUGGUAAGAAGUCAUUUUUGCAAGAUCAUCUCAACAAUUACGAAAUUGUUCUUCGAAAGAAUGAUCUCUCACGCCAACUUGAUCACAAUGAAAAACCAAUCCAAAUGCAGAAAAAGCUACUUGAACAAGUAGGCUAUGCACCAAACGAUCGGAUUGAGGACAUCGGCCGUGAAGAUCACAGCUAUCUGGCUCGAUUCGUCUUCCUGCCAACCAAACUCAGUGGCUAUAGCAGUCUCGAGACUGAUCCAGGCUUCAACAAGGUCCAGAAGUUCAGCCACGUGGAUCUCCAGGGCCGUAGCCUUAUAACUAUACCGAUCACACUGUACGCGAAAUCAUCCGAAAUCAUCUCGCUCAAUCUGUCAAGGAACUUGUCCUUGGAUGUUCCUAAGGACUUUAUCCAAAGCUGCAUUAACUUGCGGGAAAUCAAGUUCAUUGGCAAUGAGGCUUCGUUGCUCCCUCAAAGCUUCAGCCUUGCUGCCCGGCUAACGUACCUGGACAUAUCCAAUAACUGCCUUGAGGAUUUGGAUCAUGCUCAUCUCGAUCGACUGACAGGUCUUGUCAGCAUUAAGAUGGCCAAUAACCAGUUGACGAAACUGCCCAGCUAUUUCGGAAAUUUCACCUCCUUACGGAGUUUGAACAUGUCGUCGAAUGGAUUCAAGGUUUUCCCUGAAUUCAUUUGCAACUUGAAAAGUCUAGUUGACCUAGACAUAAGUUUCAACGGCAUUGAGGAACUUCCCUCAAUCGGCCGCAUGACCACUCUUGAGCGUCUUUGGAUGACGAACAACAACCUCAGUGGGCCACUUGAUGGAUCUUUCCGGGAAUUGGUGAAUCUCAAGGAGUUCGACGCACGCUUCAACUCGAUCACCAACAUCGAUACUCUGUCCAGCCUUCCUCGACUCGAGCAGAUAUACUUCGGUCACAACCUCAUUCCACGAUUUAAGGGCUCCUUCCCAAAGCUGCGAAGUCUACAUUUGGACCAUAAUCCUUUGACGCAGUUUGAUGUCGAUGCCCCAAUGCCAACUCUGACAUCCCUCAAUCUUGCUUCGGCGAAGCUUUCUCAGUUCCGAGAUACCAUUUUCGAGAAUUGCCCGAACGUGACAAAACUUGUCCUUGACAAAAACCACCUUUCCUCGGUGUCUCCCCAAAUCGGCAAGCUGCGUCGUUUGGAGCACUUCAGCAUGAUCAAGAACCCUCUAUCCUCCUUACCUCCAACCAUUGGUUGUCUUGUUGAGCUCAAGCAUCUCAAUCUGAGGGAGUGCAAUCUACCAUCGCUUCCAUCCGAGAUCUGGCAUUGCGCCAAACUUGAAAUACUCAACAUCUCCUCAAAUAUACUCUCGUCAUUCCCCAAAUACGGUGCCCCGGUUCCACUGGUUCCUGGUGAACCUACUCAUACGCCUGCAACUACGCCGGGUAUAACCGGAAACCCUAGCUAUGAAGAUAUCGGCCCCCUAGACGAACCAGCUUUGCGUCGACCAAGUCAGACUUCAAAUGGCGUUGUCAACUCCGUUUCACCAAACGGGUCUUAUCGGAAUCCUUCGACCGCUCAAUCUGUCUCACAGCAGGGUGGUAGAAAGGUCUCGGCCACGUCGAGAUCAAUCACCGAUCCAAAUGCUGUGUCUCGAAAGGAUUCAAACUUCUCCCAGCAGAUGGCAAUGAGCUUUGCGGCAUCCCUUCGGACACUCUGUCUUGCCGACAACAGACUCGAAGACGACGUAUUCCGAGAAUUAUCUCUGCUCCCGGAACUGCGCAUUGUCAAUCUAUCGUACAAUGACCUGACGGAGCUACCGCCAGGAAUCCUAAGAAGAUGGCCCUUGAUUUCAGAACUCUAUCUCUCGGGCAACGAGCUGACUUCUCUACCGUCUGAUGACUUGGAAGAGGGGAGCAACCUCAAGAUCCUCCAUAUAAAUGCAAACCGAUUCCAGGUGCUGCCUGCAGAGCUUUGCAAGGUCAGCAAACUUUCCAUUUUGGAUGUGGGGAGCAACCACCUGAAGUACAAUGUAUCCAACUGGCCAUAUGAUUGGAACUGGAAUUGGAAUCGCAAUCUGAAGUAUCUCAACUUCUCUGGCAACAAACGAUUGGAAAUCAAGCCCAACAUUGCGUCUUUAGGUCCUCCAGCUGCCAAUGGCGCGGACUUGACCGACUUCAAUUCUUUAACCCACCUCAGAGUCCUGGGAUUAAUGGAUGUCACUCUUACAAUCCCCAUCAUCCCAGAAGAGACCGAAGAUCGCCGUGUCAGAACUUCUGCGUCGCUAGCCGGUACGCUUGCUUACGGUAUGGCCGACAGCCUUGGAAAGAGUGAGCAUCUCUCGAUUAUCGAUAUGAUUGUUCCGCGUCUGAAACAGGAUCAUGUGGAAACUCUGGUUGGUAUGUUUGACGGACAAACGCUUGGAACUGGGGGCUCUCGGGUUGCAAAGUACUUGCACGAGAAUUUCACUCCUACCUUCUCGUUUGAACUCAAGAAGUUGCACCGCGAUCAGGGCGAAUCACCGCUGGAUGCACUCAGGCGGGCGUUCCUAGCCUUGAACAAGAACAUGGCGGGUUCUGCUUAUAGGUCUAUCGAUGACCGCGAGAUCCGGCAGUACCACCGCGGUUCGAACGCUGCCAAGCUUCUCAACCAAGAUGAUAUCUUAUCUGGUGGAGUUGCCACUGUCUUAUAUUUGAACAACAUGGACUUAUACGCCGCCAACGUCGGCGAUGCGCAAGCUAUUUUGAUCAGAUCGGAUGGCUCAAUGCGUACUUUGACCCAAAACCAUGACCCCGCGGAACCCAACGAGCGCGCCCGUAUUCGGGCAGCCGGAGGCUUUGUAUCUCGCAAUGGUCGCUUGAAUGACAGUUUGACGGUGUCAAGGUGUUUCGGGCAUUUCCCCACCAUGCCUGCUGUUAUUGCAGCCCCUAACACCAUGCAUGUCGCCCUCACGGAGCAAGAUGAAAUGAUUGUCCUAGCAUCAAAGGAGCUUUGGGACUUUGUUACUCCGGAAGUUGUGGUGGAUAUCACAAGAAGAGAACAGACUGAUUUGAUGUAUGCAGCUCAAAAGUUGCGUGAUCUGGCUAUCUCAUUUGGUGCCACCAACAAGCUGAUGGUGAUGAUUCUUGGUAUUGGCGAGCUGCAGAAGCGCCGCCCGAAGGCCCGUCCUUCGCUCAAUACCGGUUCCUCUGCGAUGAUUGAUGAUCAGAUUAUUCCAACUGCCAAACGCCCGAAGAAGCGUGAUGGCCCCGGAGAUUCGCGGCUGGCCCGCUUUGACUUUGUGGAUGCUCCAGUUGGUGAACUGGCUAUCAUGUUUACCGAUAUCAAGAAGUCGACCAGUCUCUGGGAAGUUUGUCCCGAUGCGAUGCGCUCUGCGAUUCAGAUACACAAUGAUAUCUUGCGUCGGCAGCUUGGAAUCUUUGGUGGGUAUGAGGUCAAGACCGAAGGCGAUGCCUUCAUGGUGGCCUUCUCUACUACCACUGCUGCUCUUCUGUGGUGUUUCAACUGCCAAAAUCAGCUUUUGGAAGCUGAGUGGCCUACGGAAAUUCUGGAUCAGCCUCAGUGUCGAACUGUAGUCGAUAUGGACAACAACGUCAUAUUCCGUGGCCUUUCCGUCCGCAUGGGUGGUCAUUGGGGUGAGCCUGUCUGCGAGAAAGAUCCUGUCACCAACCGAAUGGAUUACUUUGGACCCAUGGUGAAUCGUGCCUCGCGUGUUUCCGCUGUUGCCGAUGGAGGACAGAUCUUUGUUUCGUCCGAUUUCAUGACGGACAUCCACCGCAAUCUCGAAAACUUUGCUGAUGCCGAGCGUUCUGCAUCAACCAGCUCGACUGACAGUCACCCACGCGGAGACAGUCUUGGUCACAACAUUCGCCGGGAACUGCAGCAACUCAACAGCCAAGGCUUUGUCAUUAAGGAUCAAGGUGAACGAAAGCUCAAGGGUCUAGAGAAUCCUGAGCCACUUUACCUUGUUUUCCCCUCAGCACUCUCUGGUCGCAUGACAUCUUUGGAUGAUUCCCAAGACGCGGAUAGCAACACAGCGACUAUGAACCCCAACAAUCAACUCGAUAUCCAGACGAAUGUUAUCUGGCGUUUGUGGGAGGUCACACUCCGCCUUGAGCGACUCUGUGGAGCUCUGGAGAAUCCCAACGAGCCCAGCCUGAGCGAACCUAAUGUUACUCUCUUCAAUAUGAUCAAGAGGCACGGCGGUGAGCUGAAUGACUCAACUGUUCUCAGUUUGGUUGAUCAACAAGUCACUCGCAUUGAGGUCACUAUCAACACCCUUUCUAUCCGCCACAUGAUGCGACCCUUCAAACCAGGGGAUAGCCUGAAAGAUCACGCCGCUCCCAUUACCGACGUACUCCAGCAACUAUCAACACAGCUCGCCGAAUUCCAAGCUCUCAAGGCACAGCUGGCCGAUGCUUCACCCCAGAAGCUCGGUAGCUCCCCGCCUCACUAUGGCAACCGUCCCUCGGACAGCAUUGAUAGCGGUAUCACCUCUGCUUCAUCAUCCUUCCUCCAUCUCCCAGGCGAUGCCAAUCGCUCCUUCGACUCCGGCCGCGGUCAUCACUGA